AGGUACACGGAGAACGAGUGCACGUGAUGGAAGAUAAGAGUUUUGAAGUACGGUUAACUUGCCAACAACAUAAAUUAUUGAGGAUGAUUUGAGAGAGGAAGUUUUUUCUUUCAAGGGCACUGCUUUAAUGACAUUAGCAAAAAACAAUGCAUUGUGGGUCAGGAGAAGGUAUGAGAUCAUCUCAAAUGACAAGAAGUCUGGGUAAACUGGUUGAAAUAGCUUUAUUACUUCAUAAAGACAUCAAACUUCCACAUCGGUUGGUUUAAGUUUAGCAUGUAAAUAUGUGCAGCCAGGUUUGUUUUAGUGGAGCUAUAUUGCUUAAAAUAGCUGUAAAUAUAAAAAAAAUAAAAAAAAAUAAAAAAAUCUCUAAAGCCACUAACAUAUGGCACAAAUAAUGCAUUACGGGUCAGAAGCUGGUAUGUGAUCAUCUCAGACGACAAGAAUUCUAGCUUCCUCUCAGGAUGAGCGCCAACAACUCCAGCCUGGCUGAUGAGGUAAAGCCCCUGCUCAUUCUUCCUUUGGCACUGGUCAUCUUCCUCACGGUGAUUGGGAACCUGCUGGUCAUCCUGGCUAUCGUUCGCACCCCUCAGCUCCACACCACCACCAACGUCUUCAUCAUCUCCCUGGCCUUGGCGGAUCUCAUCAUGGGUUGUGUGGUCCAGCCUUUGAGCGCUAGCAUGGUGGUGAGCGGGAAAUGGCUUUUAGGCAAAACAUUCUGUGACUUGUGGACAUCUGUGGAUGUGCUUUGCGUCACGGCCAGCAUAGAGACGCUGUGCGUCAUCGCCGUUGAGCGCUAUAUUGCGAUCACGAGACCCUUUGAGCAUCAGGUUCUCCUUGGGAAACGCAAAGCUGGCUACAUCGUCUGCACGGUGUGGAUGGUGGCGUCCCUAGUUUCCUUCGUGCCAAUCAUGAACCAUUAUUCCCAUUUAGAUAAAUAUGACGACGAUGUCAAUGCAACACAAUGUUACAGUGACUCAGAAUGCUGUGAUUUCAUUACUAACCAAACCUAUGCCAUCUUCUCCUCGGUGGUGUCCUUCUACGUGCCUCUUGUUAUUAUGGUGUUUGUGUACAGGAAGGUGUUCGUCAUCGCGACCAGACAGUUGAAACUCAUCGAUAAGGACAGACUCCGCUUUCUGAGCACAUGCACGGAAGACUCUUGUGAAAAUCCAGGUGAAUCGGCACAGCAUUUGCGCCGGAGGUCAACGAGGCAUGUCGUGAAAGACCACAAGGCACUCAAAACGCUGGGGAUUAUUAUGGGCAUCUUCAUUCUCUGUUGGCUGCCCUUCUUUUUCUUCAAUAUCAUCAAGGUUUUUAAUCACAAAGUGCCGUCAAAGGAAGUGUUUGUCUUCUUGAACUGGCUCGGCUACACCAAUUCAGGCCUGAACCCAGUCAUCUACUGCCACAGUCCCGAGUACCGUACUGCUUUCGUCAAUCUUCUACGGUACAAAAAACUCAAGCGGUUAAAUCGCAACACAAUGCACAGACAUCUGUGGACCCUCAGUUCGUGCAUCCAAAGCAACAAUUCUGCAAAAAUGGAUCACUUCGGUCACAAAGAUCCAUCUGCAAAGGGUGUGAACUUUUGCUCUGAUAUGUGUACAGUUUUUAAAGAAGAAGAGGUGGAACCUCAGCCUCACAAUGACUCCAAUGCACCACAGAUCAACGUAGCAGAGAUGUUAAAGGGCCACUGAAGAUGGGAAACAGAUCCAAUGCUUUCAAGAGAAUUAACUGUACUCUGUACAAUUGGACCUUGAUUGUAUUACACACGUACCAUGUGCACAGGGAAAACAUCCAAAUGCUUAGGUAAAGAGCCGCAAAGCAGAAAUACGAUAUUGAGAACAAACUGUGACAUAAAAAUGAUCACGCAGUGACAGCUUUUUGAACUUUAAACAGAAUGAAAUUGGAAAUUGAAGUUCUUCCAUCAAACCAUCAAAAACAAAUCUGUUUUUUUCCCCUUUUCCAGUUCAGUCACUACCCCCCUGAGAUUAAUUGGAUUGCAUAAUGUGUAUGGUCAGUGUCCAAAACUGCCUUUGUAUAAACUGCCUUUGGUGAUUAAAUAAAUGAGAGAGUCCCUUGCUCAUUGGCCAGAAACAUUAUUAGAAACAUAACUAUGCAAUAGCAUAUGCAUGACAGCAGUGUUUGUAUUGCUGCCCUUGCCCCGUCUAGUUAAUUCACAUAUUUUCUUCAUCAAUGCCAAUAGCUCGACAAGGUACAAAAUUUUGUUUCCAGCAUGGGAUAAAAAAAGUUGAUCGUGAUUGUCUCACACAUUUCUGCAAAAUACAAACUCGGAAUUGGGAGAUAUAAACUACUAUUUUUAUAAAUUUAUUUAUUUUUUUUUUUAGUUUACAUCUCGCAAUUCUGUUUUUUUUUUUUUUUUUUUGUCAUGGAAUUGAAAAAAAGUUUGACUUUUCUUCUCAGAAUUUUGGGUUUAUAUUUGCAAUUGCAUGUUUAUAUCUUACAAUUCUGACAUUCUUUCGCAAGUGUGAGUUUUACAGUUCCGUCUUUUCUUUUCAGAAUUUCUAGUUUAUAUCUCACAAUUGCAUGUUUAUAUCUUACAAUUCUGAGAAAAAUAAGAUGUAAUAUCAGAAUUGUGAGAAAAUUAGUCAAUCACAAAGAAUCACAAAAUUAGUUUCUUGCAUAUCUUGCAAUUCUGACUUUAUUUCUCAGAAUUCUGAGUUUACAUCUCACAAUUCAGUUUUUUUCCACCACAGAACAAAAAAAUAAAGUUAAUUGCAACUUUUUAUCUCGCAAUUCAGUUUUUUUUUCACGAUUGCUUGUUUACAUCUUACAAUUCCAUCUUUUCUUCUCAGAAUUUCUAGUUUAUCUCUCGUAAUUGUACGUUUUUAUCUAACAAUUCUGACUUUAUAUCUCACAAUUCAGAGAAAAUAAGUCUCUGAAUAAGUCUGAACUGUCUGAAAAUAAGAUGAAUUCUGACUUCAUAUCUUGCAAUUUUGAGCAAAACUAUAUGAAUUAUGAGAUGUAAUACCAGAAUUAUAAGAAAAACUGUCAGAAUCACAAAAUACGAACUUAGAAUUUUGACUUUUUCUUGCAAUUCCAAGUUUACAUCUUGCAUUUCUGAGUUUAUAUCUUGCAAUUCUGACUUUAUUUCUCGAAAUUCUGAGUUUAUACAUCACAAUUCAGUUUUUUUUCCACCACAGAAUAAAAAAUAACGUUAAAAUACAACUUUUUAUCUCACAAUUCUUCUGCAAUUACAAGUUCACAUCUUACAAUUCCAUCUUUUCUUCUUAGAUUUUCUAGCUUAUAUCUCAUAUUGUAAGUUUUUAUCUCUCAGAUCUGACUUUAUAUCUCACAAUUCAUAGAAAAAAGUCUGAAUUAUGAGAUGUAAUAUCAGAAUUGUGAGAAAAAUAACCAGAAACACAAAAUAUGAAUUCAGAAUUGUGACUAUAUUUCUCUGAAUUCAGUUUAUAGUUUACAAUUCAGUUUUUUUCGCCACAGAAUAAAAAAAAGUUAACUGCAUCUUUUAUCUUUUUCCGCAAUUGCGAGUUUACAUUCUUCUUAGAAUUUGUAGUUUAUAUCUUGCAACUGCAAGUUUAUAUCUCAAUUCUGUUUUUAUUUCUCGCAAUUCUAAGAAAAGAAAAAAAGUCUGAAUUAUGAGAUGUAAUUUUAGAAUUGUGAGACAAAUAGUCAGAAUCACAUAAUACAAACUCAAAAUUCUGAUUUUUUUCUUGCAAUUCUGAAUUUGUUGCAUUUCUGAAUUUUAAAUCUUGCAACUCUGACUUUAUUUCUCAGAGUUUACAUCUAACAAUUAACUUUUUCACCUGAAUUCUUAUUUAUAUCUCACAAUUCUGUUUUUUUUCCCUGCCACCGAAUAAAAAAAAUUGCAAGUUAUCAUCUCACAAUUCUGACUUUUUUGUAACUGCGAGUUUAUAUCUCAUUAUCUCUUACAAUUCUGACUUUAUGUCACAAUUCAGAGGAAAAAAGUCGGAAUUAUGAGACGUAAUAUAAGAACUGAGAAAAGUAGUCAGGUCACAAAAUACUCAGAAUCUGAACUCAGAGUUUACAUCUCACAAUUAACAUUUUUCUCUGAAUUCUGAGUUUAUAUCUCACAAUUCAGUUUUUUCCCACCACAGAAUAAAUGUUUAAGAAAAAAAGUUAACUGCAACUUUUAUCUCACAUUUCUGACUUUUUCUUUUUUGCAGUUGCGAGUUUACAAUUCCCUCUUUUCUUCUCAGAAUUUCUAGUUUCAUAUCUUGCAACUGCAAGUUUAUAUCUCACAAUUCUGAGAAAAAGUCUGAAUUAUGAGAUGUCAGAUGUCAGAAUCACAAAAUAUGAACUCAAAAUUCAGACUUUUUUACUUGCAAUUUUGAGUUUCUUGCAUUUUCGAGUUUAUAUCUUGCAAUUCCGACUUUAUUUAUAGGAAUUCUGAGUUCUCACAAUUCAGUUUUUUUUUCCCCAUCACAGAGUUUUUAUCUCACAAUUCACAAUUCUGACUUUUCAUACUUGUGAGGUUACAUCUUACAAUUCCGUCUUUUCUGCUCAGAAUUUAUAGUAUAUAUCUCGCAAUUCUAAGAAAAAAGAAAUGAAUUGAGAUGUAAUAUCAGAAUUGCAAAAAAAUAGUAAGAAUUGUGAGAUUAAACUUUCACUUUCAUGGCUGGAAGAAAAUAAUCCUAAUUGUAGUAAUUAUUAUCAAUUCAUCCACCAUCAGCAGGUGUGGCAAAGCAUUCAUUUUUGGAUGCUACACAAUUCUAGAGUGGGUCUUUGGCUGUCUUGUUUUACACAUCUGAGCAUCUGUUAGAUUUCAGCACCUCAACAUCAAGCACACAGCCAAGAUUAACACAGUGCCAAAUCUUAUGGCUUAUAAAUAUGCAACUCUGGCCAAACAAAUCAUGACGCUUAACGGCUGCAUGUCUAAGUGUUUGCUUUGGGAUAUUGGUUUUUUGAUAAUAUGUUAAUGCAUCGUGGCAUCAGUGCACUUGGCGGUGAGGACAAGCUCCCAUUCAUCUUGUGAUCAGAGCACUGUGAAUUUCCUUUACUUGCUUCUUUGAUCCUGACCAUCUGUAACUUUUAUCCUUGUGAAAAAACCUUGUCUAGAAAACUGAAACAGAAUGAAUAAAUGCAAGCACUUUGUAAUAUAUUUACACAAAUUCAUCUACUACAUGUUCAAAGUGGAGUCUUCUUCCAUGCAGAAAUCUUGCAGGGCUACGUGAAAAUAUCUGGUUCUGAGUAGCUAAACAAAUAUAAGCUGUAUCUUCAUACUUUAUGAAUUCAAAUCCAGGCCUUCACAAGAGAACUGAGUCAUUUUAAUUGGUCUGUUCUCUCUGCUUGUCAUCAUCAUGUCAUGUGGAAAACAUCAAAUGUAAUAGUUUACAACUAUUCAAAUGGUGGAAGCAUUGUUAUUAACUGCAAUCACACAAAAGGUCAGAACAUUGUGUGAAACCGUUGCAUCAGUCUUUCUAAGACUGUUGAUCUGACGCAUCAGUCUGGAGCAUCCUGAGGUUUUAUUUCAAAAUGAGAUGCAAAAACCUGCCAAUUUGGAGACGAAAGCAAGCUUGAUGCUUACACUGUCAAUCAAUAUGUGGACCUGAUAUAAAAAAAAAAAAAAAACAUUUUUCCUGCAAAUUCAUUUUUA